UUUUUUUCUUUCCUUUUCGUAUAUCAAGAAUCCCCUUGACGCUUUAACUUAUUGUGGACCUUAAUUAAAUAACUAUUACUACUACUAUUACUAUAACUAUAAUAAUUACAAUAAUCACUAUAAACAUUACAACACUCUAGUCUUUCUGUUUCUCAACAACAUGGACUUUACGUUUAAAGAUAUAUCCAUAUCCACUAAUUUUGACAUCCAGACAUACACAAGCAAUGGUGCAACCAAAAAGCGCACUUCAUCAAUGAUACGACCUGAGCGCAGUCGCUUUAAUCAGCAUCAUCCACAAUAUCACACAAAGCGACACAUUGAGGCAAAAAACGAGGCUUAUUAUGACCCAUUGAACGAUAUACAUGACUCCCAUCAGCGAUCGGCCAUUCGCAGAAGCAUCUUGGCACACGAUUAUGACGAAAAAAGGACAACAGAAGACACUUCUAGUUCAGUCGACGAACUACACAAAAGACUAAGCAUCUGGCAAAUUUACUGUUACUUGAUCACCUGCUGUUGCUCACCAACAAUCUUAAAAGUGAUUGGCAAAAAGGAUAAGAAUGCUCAAAUGGCAUUUCGAGAAAAAAUAGGCCUUGUUGUCAUCAUUUUGAUGAUUAUGGCCUUUGUCGGUUUCUUAACCUUUGGAUUCACACAGGUUGUAUGCCCGAGACCACCUCUCAGCUUUAGACUGGAUUCGAUAAAUAACGGAUACGUGAUCAUUCAUGGGUGGGCCUACAUGCUGGCAUCCUGGAAUAACCAUCCGCCCAUCCCAGGGAUUUCAAAAGUGCCUACAAACGUUAUAUAUGAGCCAAUCAAUGCAGGUGGUAAGGAUGCAUCAUUUCUGUUCCAAAGCAUAAACGGACACUGCGCUUCCGUAAUCACACCAAAAUCAAAAGGCUCUGUUGCUGGAGAAGGUUCGUUACCUUCUUAUUUUCCUUGUCAGUUGAUCGAUAAAAGCUAUACACCUCCCGAUCCUUCACUUUACGUAAACCAUACAGCUUGUCAUAUAUCUUCCUCAGCAAUGACUACCUUCAAGGAACUUAGGACAACAGGAAUAAUAAACUCAGAGGGAAACUAUGAUAAGGCUGGAAGAAUUUAUUAUGAUUGGAACGACAUCAAUAGUACAUCGCAUCUAGCUGUAUACAACGGUCAUGUUUUAAAUCUAAAUCUGUUGCGAUCAUUACCUCUUUCUUUGUUUGAUGUUCCCAAAGAUGGUCUCAUACAAACGAUGAUUCAAGACAUAGCCUCCUUUGGCGGACAAGAUAUCACCCAUAAAGUUAUCGCCCACAAGUCUGAGAGUAUACCCUGGAGGACUGAAGCGAGAUGUUUAAAAAGCCUGAUCAAGAUUGGCGAAAUAGAUACAAAGAGCGUAGGUUGCAUGGCCUCUGAUGUCGUCCUGUACACGUCUCUGAUCGUCAUCCUCGGCGUUAUUCUCAUCAAGUUCUUUCUUGCUGUUGUCUUUGGCUGGUUUCUUUCAUGGAAACUUGGAAAUUUCAAGGAGGGCAAGUCAUACAAAGAUAGGAUGCGUCGUGAUAGGGAAAUUGAGAAUUGGACAGCUGGCAUAAACGUAUCUGCUCGAUCACCUUAUCAGAACGGUUCAGGCGAAUCGAAAUCUAAUCUUCAUAAGCCAGCCUCUGCCUAUGCAGCCAAAAAGGCUUCCAUCAUACCUAAGAAGUCUCGAUUUACACAACCAGAUGCUGGGUCAAUGCAUUUCAACCCAAAUGAUAGAUCAGCCAGUAUGGUAUGGACACAGUCUUUAGGAUCCAGAGUGUUCCGUUCAAGUGCUUAUGAGCAGUCCUACGCCAGAUUGAAUGGCUCUAUAUCAGAAAGAAGUCGAAGUUACACAGGUUCUCCUUUGUCUCAUCGAUCAUCUAUUACAUCCACUUCAUCCAAGACACAGAUAACAUCCCAGUUACUCAAAGAGUGCUCUCAAAAGCUUUCUCCCUAUACUGUACCUCAGCCCCGCCCGGAUUACAUGCCCUUUGGAUUCCCUUUGGCUCAUACCAUUUGUUUGGUCACUUGUUACUCUGAAGGCGAGGAUGGACUACGUACAACAUUAGAUUCAAUUGCGACCACGGACUAUCCAAACUCUCACAAGCUCAUACUUGUCAUAGCGGAUGGCAUGAUUACCGGACACGGUAACUCAAUGUCUACUCCAGAUAUAUGUCUAUCCAUGAUGGAAGGCUUCUUGAUUGAACCAGAUGAAGUAGAGGCCAGCUCAUAUAUUGCUAUUGCAGAUGGUACUAAGCGGCACAAUAUGGCGAAAGUCUACGCAGGCUAUUAUCGAUACGACAAUAACACGGUUGAUACGGUUGCUCAGCAGCGAGUUCCAAUGAUCACGAUCGUCAAAUGCGGUACACCAGAAGAACAGAACAGAGAGGCCAAGCCUGGUAAUCGUGGUAAAAGAGAUUCUCAGGUCAUCUUGAUGUCCUUUUUACAAAAAGUCAUGUUUAAUGAAAGAAUGACAGAGCUCGAAUAUGAAUUCUUUUCAAACAUCUGGCGCAUCACAGGCGUAAGUCCUGAUGAAUACGAAAUUGUUCUUAUGGUAGAUGCAGACACAAAGGUGUACCCAGAUGCUCUCUCUCGACUUGUAAGCUGCAUGGUCAAUGAUCCUGAAGUGAUGGGUCUCUGCGGUGAGACAAAGAUAGGAAACAAGACAGACAGUUGGGUUUCUAUGAUUCAAGUCUUUGAGUAUUAUAUUUCUCAUCACCAAAGUAAAGCUUUUGAAUCUAUAUUCGGAAACGUCACUUGUCUGCCUGGCUGCUUUUGUAUGUAUCGAAUCAAGGCUCCCAAAGGAAAUAACGGACACUGGGUUCCUAUUUUGGCUAAUCCUGAUAUCAUUGAACAUUACUCUGAAAACGUAGUCGACACACUUCACAAAAAGAAUCUGCUGUUACUGGGUGAAGACAGAUAUUUGUCCACUCUAAUGCUCAAGACAUUUCCCCGUCGAAAGAUGCUGUUUGUGCCUCAAGCAGUGUGCAAGACUGUUGUACCUGACUCAUUUAUGGUUCUCUUGUCUCAACGAAGACGUUGGAUUAACUCGACAAUUCAUAACCUGAUGGAACUUGUCUUCGUUAGGGACCUUUGUGGCACGUUUUGUUUCUCAAUGCAGUUUGUAGUGUUUAUGGAACUGGUCGGUACAUUAGCUUUACCUGCGGCCAUCUCAUUUACACUGUACCUUAUUGUGAUGGCUAUACUAGGACAACCAGCAGUUCUUUCCUUAAUUCUGCUAGCACUUAUCCUCGGCCUUCCUGCAGUCUUGAUUGUCAUGACCAGUAGAAAGCUCGUAUAUGUGGGCUGGAUGGUCAUCUACCUAUUCAGCUUACCCAUCUGGAACUUUGUUCUUCCUUCCUAUGCAUAUUGGCACUUUGAUGACUUUACCUGGGGUGAAACACGAAAGGUACAAGGCGAAGGCAAAGACAAUCAUGGAGAUAAGGAAGGAGAAUUUGAUUCUUCGCAGAUAACAAUGAAGAAAUGGACUGAAUUUGAAAGAGAUAGAAGGAUGAGAGAAGCACAAGCGCGUUCAGAGGCACUCUUACAGCAACAUCUAGCCAAACGUUGGUCUCCAGCUGAUCUAUCUAUCGACAUUGAUAGAUCUACCCUGUCUAAUUUGAUUGAUUCAACCCUGAGCGCUUCGGCUAGAUCGCUUUCACCAUCUUGCCCAGCAUCACCUCGUUCAUCCAUGCCUAAACAAAAGGAUGACAGUCAAGAAGAAGAGGAGGAGGAAGAAG